AGGUCCCUCUCUCGCUCAACCUCUCUCCCUUGUAGCAGUAACCUUUUGUCUGGAGCGAUCCGAGAGCUAGGCUUGUCCUCAUCAUCAUCAUGUUGGUCUAUCAGGAUUUAGUCACCGGUGAUGAGCUUCUCUCGGACUCGUUUCCAUACAAGGAAAUUGAGAACGGGAUCCUCUGGGAAGUUGAGGGAAAGUGGGUUGUCCAAGGAGCUGUUGAAGUAGACAUUGGUGCAAACCCUUCUGCCGAAGGUUGUGGAGAGGAUGAGGGUGUUGAUGACCAGGCUGUGAAGGUGGUGGACAUUGUUGACACAUUUAGGCUCCAGGAGCAACCUCCUUUUGACAAGAAGCAAUUUGUUGCAUACAUAAAGAAGUAUAUCAAGUUGUUGACGCCAAAGAUAGAUGCAGAGAAGCAAGAGCAUUUUAAGAAGAAUAUUGAGGGCGCAACCAAGUACUUGCUCUCAAAGCUCGGUGACCUCCAAUUUUUUGUGGGGGAGAGCAUGGCCGAUGACAGUACCUUGGUGUUUGCUUACUACAAAGAUGGUGCCACCGAUCCGACUUUCUUGUAUUUUAGCGUUGGCCUGAAGGAGGUCAAGUGCUAGAUAAAAAUAAUGUUGUCUUUGGGCUUUGAGAGAGACUGGUGCUUGCUGUAGUUUUAGUAGCUGUUAUUGCAUUUUUGAUCUGUGUACUUUGCAACUUAUCGAGUUUCCUUGACCAUUAAUGAUUGUUUUUUCUGGAUCAGAGGUAUCUUAUAAUUUACAAAAUUCUCUAAUUAUUCUUGGUAAUGUUACCC